GCCAUCUGGAUCGCGCUCGCGACGUGAACUGGCGCGCACUGUCCACUGAAUGGCGACCAAGAUGCGCCCUCUCCAAACCCUCCGUGGUUGUUGUUCUUCAUUCAAAACGUCAUGUCUCACGUCUAAGAGAGAGGGCGUUCGUUAGUGGGAGAAAGUGGGAGGGUCGUAAGUCAGGUAAUCACUGACGUCACGGGACCUUGAAGCACGUGCAGUUUCCCGCCGAAGCGGACCAGCAAGGGGACCUUUCCCAACAGACGGGCCUCCGCCGGCGCGCAGGUAGGACACAGGAAGAACGCACCUGUUCCCGCGAAUGCCUUGUGUUCGGUCUGGACAACGGCCGCUUCUUCUUGGAUAGCGGACCACGAGUCGCCGUACCCAUGGGCUCGUGCUCAACUCAAGAAGAAUUUGAUCUCAUCUUCAAGUGGGACUUUCGCCUUGUGCCUUGUGAUGUUGACUGCUUUUCGAUAUAAGGAUUAGAAGGAGAAAGAAGAAGUUGUGGGACUUGGAAUUCCCUGCUGCGCGAUUCUGUGCGUUUCGCCUGGAAUUUGUGAACGCUGUUUGCUUUACCAGUCGGUAGUUGACCAAACUGUCACGGAUGACUUUAGGAAUGAUGAACCAACUUUGCAAAGUGUGCGGAGAACCCGCCGCUGGAUAUCAUUUCGGUGCCUUCACGUGCGAGGGUUGCAAGUCAUUCUUCGGCCGAACCUACAACAACCUAGCUGCAUUGGGAGACUGCAAGAACAGCGGCCAAUGUGUGAUCAACAAGAAGAAUCGAACAUCCUGCAAAAGCUGCCGGCUCAAAAAAUGCCUCAUGGUUGGCAUGUCUAAAAGCGGUUCCCGUUAUGGUCGGCGUUCCAAUUGGUUCAAAAUCCACUGCCUUAUUCAAGACCAGGCGGAAAUGAACUCACGUAUCGCCGAGCAGCAGCAACAGCAUUUAGGCGGCAGUGGUGCCUCGCAGCUAGCGGGACUGUACGAAAAGCAACUCGACAUGUUGGGCCAGCCUUUUGGCAAAGUACCUGACGACGUAAACGGCACGACGUCCCCUUUGUCAACCUCAGACAAACAGCCAUCCUCCCCCGCCUCGUCAACAUACCCUCCACCGUCGUCUUCCGCUAGUACUGUUGGUUCAGCGACGCCGACCGCAUUUGAGACCAAGUCGAAUGGGGACAGUCCUCCGAGCGACGCCUUCCCCUAUCAUCCAGUGUCACCAGUGUCACCAAUCUCGCCACUCCAUCCUAGCAAGUUCUUCUUCCAUCCGGGUGCCGGUGUGUUCUUCGGCAAAGUUCCCGUCACCCACAACGGUGUGCCGAAGAUGUAUGCGGAAGGCGGAGGCGCUUACCCUUAUUCACCGCGGUUCCACCAGUUCCCGUUCAGCCCCAUGAGGUACCAUAGAGACUUGCUUCAUCCGUCUACGCUCGUUGUUAAUGGCGAAUGUAUCGCGGAUCUUCCUGAGCAAGAGAAGCCGAUCGACCUCUCCGUUAAGAAAUCUUCGUCACCGAGUGCGACACCCACUGCGGACCGCUUCAAUGACGACGAGGAGGAGGACGUGAAGCCGCCCUUGUUCGCUCCGGCGACAAGUGGUGUCGGACCGGAAAUCCCGCUUGACCUAAGGAGCGCCAAGAAGUGUUGAGAAGAGGACAUUUUGUCACCUACAUUGUUGUUGAUCAAUCAUGUCGUUAGAAAACGGGCGGACACCACUACUAACAGUGCUCACUGCGUCACGCUUUUUGCGCAGGUAGCGUGUUCACACAGUUUUUUUUUUUUUUUCUUUAUUGCGUGUCAAAGUUCAUUGUAAUAUAUACAUACGAACAUGUAUACAGGGUGUUCGACUUGGCUCUGGCAAAAGUAAGAGGUGGAAUAGCGCACGUUUUCCAGAGCUGUUACGACAUUGGUACCUGCCACAAAAAAUAUCGUUGAAUCCUUCGCUUCAAGUUGUUCUUGUAGUCUCUGAAGGUCGUCGGCAUUAAAGUGAUACUACUACAGGUGAUGACCAGAACUAACAUUGGAGGAUAUUUAAAAAUGUAUGUAAAAAGUAAUUCCACAUGUGCCUUGGUAAACAUUAAGAGAACCUGAGUGGCAAUUCUUAUCAUAAGCACUCCGUUCGCACGCUCUAGCUAGCAUAACAAAACGUUCGUGAUAUUCUCUCUCUUACUUUUGUCGAGCUUGGAAAAAUGAAGUCGAUACUCUGUAUAUUGUAUGCAUUAUGGUGCGCUGAAGAAGAAAAAGUAUAUGAGGAUGCCCCGUCUGCCUACCAACAUGUCCUCUGUGUGGGACAACCACUUACGGGCACGAGCAGUUUCCAACCAUUUCACAAGGGCAUUGCAAAUGACUCAAUGUACGUACACUAGUGUUUGUUACGUGACCAUUCAGGUUUCUGUCGUCUUUUCAUUUUCUUGUUCCAUUGCAAACAAUGUUCCUACAAACGUUCUAUUCUUGCUACGAGUGACCACCGAUCUUCUUGUGGCAAACGAACAGAUAUUUUCGGGACUCGAGACAAAGCUUUAAUCUAUUUAAAAGUCUCUAAAACAUGUCUGAACUUGGGUAAAAUAUUUACUGUGCAGAAGCAAGACUUUUGAUUCGCCAUUAUCGUACUGGCCUCCGGACAACCUGAAAAAACAAAAACAAAAAAACCCGGAAAAGUUGGCAGUCCAUCCAUCUCAGCCGUUAAUUUAUUUCCGUUUUCUGUUACUUCCUGUCGUGUUUCAGUUCAGUUUUUAACUCAGUUCAGUUUAAUUUACAUAAUGGAUCGAAAGUAGGAUCAGAAACGAUACAUUUAAACCAUCAAGCAUUUACAAAACUUUUCAAAACAAAUAUCCCUCUUAUAUUGGUUUAUUGGUUUGUUAACACUGAAUAUUCGCACAUAGCUACCUUUAUUCCCUAACUGGCGAAUUAAAUAUGUCU